CAGCAGCCGAGUGUCUUCGGGUAGCUAAUCAAACAUCGGUCCAAAGCCUCAGAACAAAUCUCGGGUUUAGGGUUCUCCUUUCUAAAAAUGAAUGUUAGUCGUUGAGUUCAACGACCGGUGCUCAGCAGAAGUGCCGUGAGACGCGGAUGUUUCCGUCAAACUUAAUGGUUCGUUAGCGGCCGCGUUUCCCGUUUUUUGGCCGAGCUAGCUUAGCAGCUAACAGAAGAUAGCCUGUUAGCAUCGGCUGAUGGCGGAGCUGCGGAGCCGCUGGUGAAGAAAAGCCCCGCCUCUGCAUGGCGAUGACAGACUGACAGCGGCGGCAGCGAGCAGCCAAUCAGCUGAGGCCCCUCCUCCCCCUCCCGUAGCAACAUGGCGUCCCGUCCGAGGAACUCGGUCCGAAUCCUGUCGAGCCGGGAGCGUGGAUCUCAGACCUUCGGCUCUCAGAGGCUCCUGCAGCUGCUGGUGGAGGAGAAGGUCCGAUGGAUGAAGUGGCAGAGCCAGAAAGUGGAGCUGCCGGACAGCCCUCGCUCUACCUUCCUGCUGGCCUUUAGCCCCGACAGGACCCUGAUGGCCUCCACACACGUCAACCACAACAUUUACAUAACGGAGGUGAAGACUGGAAAGUGCCUACAUUCCUUAGUGGGCCACCGUAGAACCCCCUGGUGCGUGACCUUUCACCCCACCAUUCCUGGCCUGGUGGCUUCCGGGUGCCUUGAUGGCGAAGUCCGGAUCUGGGACCUGCAUGGCGGCAGUGAGAGUUGGUUUACAGAAAGCAACGUGGCCAUCGCCUCGCUGGCCUUCCACCCCACUGCCCAGCUCCUCCUCAUCGCCACCAACAACGAGCUGCACUUCUGGGACUGGAGCCGACCAGAACCCUUCGCUGUGGUGAAGACGGGCAGUGACACAGAGAGAGUGAGGUUGGUGAGGUUUGACCCUCUGGGUCACAACCUGCUCACAGCGAUAGUGAAUCCAUCCAACCAGCAGAGCGAGGAGGACUCAGAGGUUCCGAUGGACAGCGUGGAGAUGCCUCACUUCCGUCAGCGCUCCUUCCUGCCCUCCCAGCCGGUCCGUCGGACUCCCAUCCUUCAUAACUUCCUGCACAUCUUGUCGUCUCGCGCCCCGGGGGCUCAGGGGGGGGCGGAGCCUCAGCGGCCCCUCGGGGAGAGUGGAGGCAGCAUUGGGGAAUCUCCCAGCAUGCCUCUGGCCCAGUAUCCGGGUCCUGAGCGCGGACCCCCGUUCCCUGGUUGCACCCAGCACCUGGGCAUGAUGUGCCUGUGCAGCCGCUGCUCCGUUGCUCGGAGCCCCUCCCUGGCUGCUUCCUCGGGGGUCCAGCCCGACCCCCCCUCAGCCUCCACGGCCUCCACCUUCUCCUCGGCGCGUACGGAGCCCAGGCAGCCAUCGGAGCGCCCCUCGGCCUUCACCUCUGUCUACUACAGCGCUGGCUCUUCUCUCAACCCCAUCCUCCCCAGCAGCAUGGAGCCACACGCCCCCCCCAGAUCUGGACCGGACUGGAUCCGCAGCGUGCUGAGCAUUAGGGAGGGUGGGGUCGGUCCAGCCGUGCUGCCCCCCAGGACCUCCGCCUCUUCCUCCGUCAGCCUCCUGUCGGUGCUCCGUCAGCAGGACGGCUCGUCUCACUCCCCUGUUUACACCUCUGCCACCGAGGGGCGGGGCUUCCCCCACCAGGGGGAGGCAGGGGCCCGAGACGCCGCCGGCACGAGCAGCGGCCACCACCCGUUCUGGGAUUCCCGCGGCACCUCGGUCUCCUUCAGGAACGUCCUGCAGUGCAACCUGAGCCGCUACUUCCUGGAGAUCGACCGCAUCGACAUCGACCCAACGCUGGGGGGCGCCGUGGGGGAGGGGGGGCAGGAGCCCAGUCAGGAGCUGCUGAACAACAACAUGGACCCUGAUAGACCUGGGCCAUCCUCCUCUUCCUCCUCCACCUCCUCCCCAACCAUCAUCCACUACCAGCCUCCUCCUCCUCCUCCUCCUCCGCCCCCCGCCCCCCACAGCCUGGAGAACAACGUGCCCUCCCAAGCCUCCCGGGGCCACCUGAACCGGUGCCGGGCCUGCCACAACCUGCUGACCUUCAACCACGACUCGCAGCGCUGGGAGCGCACCAACCAGACCUCCUCCACCUCUGCCUCCGCUCCUGAACCCUCCUCCUCCUCCUCCUCCUCUGCCGCCUUCCCUCCAUCUGUGCCUCCCUGGCAGCCCGAGGACAUCAGGAGGACUUUAGAGAGUCAGACCCAGGACAGGAGGCUGACUCCAGAGUCCAGCGAGCAGCCGCCUCCCCCUCCAGUGGGAGGAGCAGGAACUGUGGCCUUCCCCAUAGCCCCGUCCCCCAGCCAGGCCAGCGAGCAGGCGGUGGGCCUGGUCUACAACCAGGACACGGCGCAGUGGGAGAGGGUGUACCGGCACACCGCCGCUGGAAGAACCGCUGAUCCACCGGAGGCCUUAAGCCAAGAAAUGCCUGUUGACCCCCCAGAUGAGGACUCCCUGAGGAGGCGGCUGCUGGAAUCCUCUCUGUUGUCGUUGUCUCGAUACGACAUGUCGGGAUCCAGAGACCACCCCAUUUACCCCGACCCGGCCAGACUUUCUCCAGCUGCGUACUAUGCUCAGAGGAUGAUCCAGUAUCUGUCCAGGCGAGACAGCAUCCGCCAGCGCUCCCUGCGGUACCAGCAGAACCGCCUGCGGGCCAUGUCCACCUCCUCGGACAGCCCCACCAGCAACCCGUCCAGCUCCAUGGACAGCAGCGACGUGGACUUCGAGGAGCUGGAUGAUAAUGGAGACAGAUCAAGACACCGGACACCACGAAAUGCCAGGAUGUCUGCCCCCUCUCUGGGUCGAUUCGUCCCCCGGCGUUUCCUCCUGCCCGAGUAUCUGCCUUACGCUGGGAUCUUCCAUGAGCGAGGGCAGCCCGGUCUGGCCACACACUCCUCUGUCAACAGAGUGCUCGCUGGCGCGUCCAUCGGGGACGGUCAGUCUGCGGUGGCCAGCAACAUCGCCAACACCACGUACCGCCUGCAGUGGUGGGACUUCACCAAGUUUGACCUGCCUGAGAUCAGCAAUGCUUCAGUCAACGUUCUGGUGCCAAACUGUAAAAUCUACAACGACGCCAGCUGUGACAUCUCUGCCGACGGUCAGCUGCUGGCGGUUUUCAUUCCCAGCAGUCAGCGGGGUUUCCCUGAUGAGGGCAUCCUGGCCAUCUACUCUCUGGCUCCACACAACCUGGGAGAGAUGCUCUACACCAAGAGAUUCGGUCCAAACGCCAUCUCUGUCAGCCUGUCACCGGUGGGCUGUUACGUGAUGGUGGGUCUGGCCUCCCGCAGAAUCCUGCUGCAUCCCACCACCGACCACAUGGUGGCGCAGGUCUUCCGCCUGCAGCAGCCGCACGGAGGAGAGACGUCCAUGAGGAUGGUCUUCAGCGUGGUCUACCCCAUGGCUCCGGACCAGAGGCGUCACGUCAGCAUCAACUCUGCUCGCUGGCUGCCGGACCCGGCCAUGGGCCUGGCCUACGGAACCAACAAGGGAGACCUGGUCAUCUGCCGGCCCGUGUUCUAUAGGAGUGAUGGUGAGAGUCCAGCGGAGCCGAGCAGCGAGCCGUUAUUCUCAGUCAACAACAGUGGGACCAGCAGGACUCGAGGUUCUGACAGACCGGGACCAAACCGCUCCGGCUGGAGGCUGGACCGAGACAUGGGACUGAUGAACGCCAUCGGUCUUCAGCCCAGAAACCCCGCCCCUUCUGUGACAUCACAGGGAACCCAGACACCGAUCGUCCAGCUGCAGAAUGCAGAGACGCAGACAGAGAGGGACCUAUCAGAGCCCAGCGUCUCCCAGCCGCCUCGCAACGUGACUCCUGAAACUCCGUCUACGAGUCGAGCAGCUCAGGCUCCACCGGAGACACCGGAGACUUCUGAGAGCAGCGGGGUCCAGGACGGUGAUCCGCCCGAAGCUUCUGCAGAUUCCGACCCGUCAGCAGCUGCUUCUGGUCCAGUGGAGUCCGCAGAGUUCGGUUCUGGUGAGGACGCUCUGGCUCGUAUCCGGCGUCUGAUCGCGGAGGGCGGGAUGACGGCGGUGGUCCAGCGGGAGCAGAGCACCACCAUGGCGUCCAUGGGCGGCUUCGGGAACAACAUCAUCGUCAGUCACCGGAUCCACCGGGGCUCCCAGACGGGCCCGGGGGCCUCCAGGCCCCCCCCGGCCGACCCCUCCUCACAGCCACUCCUCCUGGCCCCGCCCAUCUGGGGCCCUCCUCCUCCGGCUCUCUCGGUGGACGUGGACGACGUGUUCGAUGGAGGACGGACCGAUGAUGACUCCCUGCCCGGUCCUUCAUCCUCCUCCUCCUCCACCUCCUCC